CAUUCCACGCUUAUCGCAAAAUAUUUUGCCUUGGCUUUUUCUCUUUUGUCUUUUACAUGUGUAUAUUACAUUGGCAUAUUUGCCUUGGCUAUCGGACACAUACUCACAUUUCUGUUAUCAUAUAAAACUUCAACUUUACCUUUAUAUCUUCCGAAAAAAAACUACUCUCUCUUCAUCAAAUUCUAUUGAUUCCUAAUUUUCCUCAUCCCCUCUAUGGCCGUUUCACCUAAUUCAAGCUCUUUAGAAUUAACAAUAUCGAUUCAAAGCUUUUCUCCAUCUCCUUCUCACCCUUUGUCUGGUGAUCACAUGGUGAGAGAUUUAGGCAUAAAUCAAACUCCAAAGAAGGAAGAAGAUCGUGGGUGGAUCAUGAUCGGUACAACACCGCAUAUCAACGAAGAAGAUGAAAACUUAGGCGGCCGGCCGCGCAAAAAGCUCCGUCUAAUCAAGGAGCAAUCACAUAUUCUUGAAGAGAGUUUUAUACAAAACAAUACCUUAACCCCGAAACAAAAACAAGAAUUGGCCAUUCUUUUGAAGCUUAGUCAAAGGCAAGUUGAGGUGUGGUUUCAAAACCGAAGAGCUCGGAGUAAGCUCAAGCAUAGGGAGAUGGAAUGUGAGUAUCUGAAGAGAUGGUUCGAGUCAUUGAAGGAGCAAAAUCGACGGCUACAAAUAGAAGUUGAAGAACUACGAGCUCUAAAGCCAGUAUUGGCCUCGGUUUUAUCCAUGUGUCCUCUAUGUGAACGUGUGACCAAUGCAGCAGAUAAUGACUUAAAAAAAAAGCAGAUAAUGACUAAUGCCGUCGAAGAGGCAACAGCUCGGAGAAGUCAGUCACGGAUGGCGUUUUCUUCUUCCUCUUCCCUGUGUUGACUGGCUCGGUCAAAAGUAAAAGUCAAAAGGAUUGAAACGUCGGUUUAGGGGUGAAAGUAAAGAUUUUAUGAUUGGGAGGAUUUUGUGCAUAUUUCUCUAAUUAUUUAUUAUGGAAGAAUAAUUUGUUUAAUCAUCGUUUUUUUAACUUUUAACA